CGGCUAUAGAARGAAACUCCUUCGAUCGAUUGAUAUCAAUASAUGCAGUUGGUUUGUGGCUAUUUUGCGAUACGAAUCGUUCUUCAAGAGURCCAUGUUUAGCCCGUGGGUGAUWUUGUCUGCGGCGUCCGAUCGUGCCUUGCUCUCUCUGACCACGGUUCCGACCCUGAGUGGUUGGAUCCACACAGCGGUUGUCACCGGGGCAACUACCGCAGCGGCCGGCCUUGUCGCAGCGGGAUCUGGGUUCAUUGACCCGGUCCGCGACUUCGAUCCACCGUGGCAGACCAAGGCCAACGACAACGAGAAUGGUAGAACGACUGCGCCUUCGCAUCGACUGCUUCUCCCGUGGUACGUGAAGUCUCUUUCUGCCUUUGUCUUCCCGUCUCUCGGAGAGGAGGUCCUCUGGAGGGGCGCAAUGAUUGCUCCCCAUCCGUCGGCAUGGACUCCAGCCACUGUUUCGAUAUUCCUCCCGCGGGCCGGUGUGGUCCUCUUGGUGCACGUGUUGCUACACCCGGUGGCCGGCUUGACCGUUUGGCCACGGGGAAGGGAGGUUUUUUGCGACCCUCGGUUCCUGGCACUGGCCACCAUCGUUKUGGGCGGGUCAACCGUGGCGUACGUCGCGAGUGGGGGGAGCGCGAUUGCUGCGUCGCUGACACACGGUGUGUGUGUAGUAUURUGGAGGGAUUUCUUUGGCGGGGAGGCCAAACUGAUGAGAGGAACGACCACCCCAACGAGCAACACCGAUGGUGUCAUUUCGGAGAAGAAAAAAGAGAAGUGACGAGCAAGUACAAGUAAACAAACAUGCAGCAAGAAAAAAAUUGGUAGUUGCCUGCCGAUCGAAGUUGUGACUGGAUCUAUUGUGUAGGACACAUGGCAGUAGCAGAACUGAUACACUAUGCCUCGAGAACAAAGCUUCAUCGAGUGGCCGAUAGCUUCGUGUGUGGCUCGCCUGUGUGUGAAUCUUUCGUUUGAGAUCGUUUAUGUGGAAGCAAGACUUUACUUCUACACUACAAGUAAUUCUGGAUGCAAGAUUUGGGCCUUCCAAAAAAUGCACACCGUACUUGUGGUCUAGAAAGUUUUAUAGGUUUUGCAGCACUUACAUGCGAGUCUAGAGUGGUGUUGAAGACAAGAGCUUUCUUGCUCUCUGGYUCUUGGCAAGCUCUGGAAAGCAUUCUGUGCUAAACAUGUUUUGUUCUCACAAAAAACGAAAUGAAUCUAGGAUUAUGUAGUGCCAAGUUUUGUUGAUAGAAUAUAAAAUAGAUGUUCUAAU